CAGGUAAAUACAAAUGAUCAUAUUAUCACUUUUAUGAUUAUUCAUAACUCUCUCUCUCUCUGAAUUGACCAUUUUGUUUUUUUACAGAAGAUGAUCGCAAACAAAAUGAGUUGCUUCUUCAACACCGAACCUGCACAAAAUGUUACUCUCUAUAUCUCUAUCUCUCAUUGUAUUCCUUUUAUGUAUCUGUUGCCAACACCUCUCCCGCUUCCGCCAUAGAAGUAAAGGUGUCGACCUACACCUUUACUGCUCCAGCUCCGGCCAUUCAGGGGCUUCUCGGUUUCCAUUUUGUGUCCUAGCUUACCACAAAGGUGUUCCUGAUGUACUCCAAUGGUUACGGGAUUCCAAUAGAUACCCAAAAAGAAGACCACACAGAAGUAGAUAUGAGAUUGGAGACCAUCUUCGUGUACACUGUGAGAACUUAAGUGAAUUUGUUGACGAUGCUAAAAGAUCGGUAAGAAAAAUGGAUUAUCGCUUUGAUCGAUUUCAAUCGACUUCAAUAAGGAGUUAAAGUGUCGUUUACAUGAAUACAUAGUUCUAUCCUUUAAUCAGCUUCCAGAUUGGGUAUGGGCUUUUCAUUUAUCAUAUCAAAUGCAGUUGAUUUAAUAAUGUUCAUGUUUCUUGAUACGAGUCAUCAACCAAAUGCAAAUUCAGUUACACAAGCAAAAGGUUAUAGAAAGUUUCAAGACACUCCCUAACAAGAAACAGAUGAAGAUCUUGAAUUCAGAUCCCUUCUAACCAAAUUUAAAAAGGAAGCAUUCACAUCGAGAACCCGUGCAUUGAUCUAAAUAUGGAGCAGUUGUAACUAUUAUCUGGAUUUACAGGUUUUCAGGUAGAUGUCGGUUCCAAACGAUGGUGUAUUUCCUUACAUUAAUCUAAUCAGAUGUGGCCACCACCGGAGAAUAAAGAGUACCCGACAACUGAUUCAGGAAUGAUAAACAAAAGGGAAAAAAGAAAGGUUAGAUACAAAGGAGCAGAAUAUUAGUAGAUUGUUGACUGUCAUGAUCACAAAAUUGUGAACACGCAAUCAGAAGUUUUUUCCAAAAAAAAAGUUACAUCAAAUUAAUCAGGUUAAUUUUAUUAAUAUAAAAAGUGUGCAGGGGCAAUAUGGUCCUAAAAAUGUAAUUUUUUUUAACAUUAAAACAUU